AUGGUGGCUUUGUGUCGUACCAAAUGUAUGGUGGUGCAGCUCAAGGACGAUUCUGAUACGCAAUCAAAAAAACAUCUCAGGCAGCGAGGUACUGUUGGACACAUGAUCGUGUACCCUCAGUGUCCCGGCGCUAUUGCAGAGAUGUUACCUCCUAGUCUUGAGGAUAUAACUUCGCCGGUGUGCGUUAUAUUUGUCGGGGCUCAUUUACCUUCAAAGGAAUGGCUACAUGAUAAAGCCAAGCCCCUCUGGGUCUGCGGCAAGAGAGUUCUCCAGCAACUCGAUCAGAAUCCCGUCUUGCCUAUUCAUAUUCAGCAUGUAAUUCCCUCAAAAGCUACCUUAGAAUCCACGUCCCGCUAUGAUAACAUCGAUCUAGACGAGUUUCAGGUUCAGGAGGACGAGAGUGAAUCGAAUACUGUUCUUCCAGACAAGGAAGUACCCUUCCAAAACGUCGUUAUCUCCGACGUGGAUGGUGAUGCGUCAUAUGCUGAUCUUAAACUCGCGGCAUUCAACCAUGUCAAGAAAAAUGGUCAGGGUUAUAUACGCAUUCCCCAUGAUCCAGAGCCAUGCAAUGAGUUUAACAACCCAGCGUUGCUGCCGAUGAUGUAUCCGAGCCUGUUUCCUUAUGGUGUUGGUGGUCUGGAAGAUAGCGCUCGCACGCGCCUUGUUUCCUUUGAGAGGGCAUCAUUCCUUCCUUUUUUCCGUUUUUAA